CAUUCUUUUGAUAUUUUGAAAGAAAAUGUAUUUUUAAAAAUAAUCACAUGCUAAACCACAUAAAUAAUAAACAAUGAUCAAGAUUUGAAUAAGAAACAUUUUAUAUCUAGGUACUCCUUUAGGUAUAUAAUUCAUUCUACUGUAUAGGCUCAAGAUAGGAAUAGUACAAAAAUCAAAAUAAACUACGAUGGAAGUAGAAGCCAGAGGAGGGAUCGGUAAAAUAUCAACCCGAUAUCUACUUGCAAUACUAGGUUGCAUCGGUAUGGGCAUAAUCUAUGGACUGAAGGUGAAUUUUCAUGUCGCGAUAGUGAGCAUGGUAAAUCACACUGCAGUUGGUGGUAGCGAUCAUGGAGAUGCAGCCGAGGAUGGUCCAUUUGUCUGGUCAAAAAUGGUCCAAGGUCUAUUACUCAGCUCCUAUUUCUGGGGCUAUUUGAUAACCCAAGUUCCCGGAGGUCGAAUUGCAGAACUCUUCAGCGCCAAAUGGGUGAUGUUCUUCUCCGUCGCCAUCAAUGUCGUCGGCACCCUACUCUCACCCAUCAUGUCCGAGAUUCAUUACGCUGCAUUAAUUGGAAUACGAGUUGCCCAAGGAAUGGGUGGAGGUGUCACUUUUCCAGGCAUGCACGUACUGCUGGCUCAUUGGGCACCUCCUAAUGAGAGAAGCGUUAUGAGCAGUAUAGUGUAUGCUGGUACUGCACUAGGCACUGUUAGUUUUAUGCUGGCAGCUGGCCUGAUAGCGAAUUAUUUGGAUUGGAAAUAUGUUUUUUACAUCGAAGGUUCGGUCAGCGCCAUUUGGUUAUUUCUCUGGAUGUGCAUGAUAGCCGAUACCCCCGCAUCUCAAAAAUUGAUCAGUCCCGAAGAAAGAGAAUAUAUUAUGACGUCACUCGAUCAAAAACAAGCCAGCCAAUCUACCAAGAGUCAGGAAACCCCGAAACUUCCUUGGAAAUCAGCUCUCACCUCGCCUGCUUUCCUAGCCAUUCUAAUCGCUCACACCUGCAGCAAUUGGGGCUGGUACAUGGUACUUAUCGAGCUGCCCCUGUACAUGAAGGGCGUGCUCAAGUUCAAAAUAUCGGAAAAUGCCAUUUUGACGUCCCUACCCUUCUUUACCAUGUGGCUGUUCUCGAUAAUAUUGAGUAAAACCCUAGACACACUACGAGAAAAAAAAAAAAUUUCAACAACAGCGGCUAGGAAGAUAGCCACUGGAUUCGCCUCCAUCGUUCCACUGGCAUGUUUCCUUGUUUUGUGCUACGUAGAGCACAGGACAUUGGCCGUUGUCCUGAUGACAGUCGCUACCACCGCGAUUGGUGGGAUUUUCUGUGGAUUUUUAUCGAACCACAUCGAUAUCGCACCGAACUUUGCAGGAACACUUGUGGCACUGACCAAUAGCGCGGCCACUAUUCCUGGCAUUAUGGUCCCUAUAGUCGUUGGCAAAUUGACAAAAGAUGAUGAUUCUAUUAGAUCCUGGAGGAUAAUAUUUUGGGUGACGAUAGUUUUAUACGUCAUCGAAAUACUAGUUUAUAUGGCGUUUGGAUCUGGAGAAGAACAAAAAUGGAAUAAAGCAGAUCAAAGUGAAGGGGAAGGAAAUCCCAGACGUUAAAGUUAUAUAGUUGAUAU